CAAUUUCCCUUAUUACCCUUUUCCCCUCUCCGCCGUUACUCCGCUCAAUGGCGUUACCGGAGCCAACUCUGAGCUCCUUAAAUUAACGAUAAAUUUUGGGCGAAAUUGAGCUUUAGCCUUGAAGGUUUUUCCUCGAACUUCAGCGAUCGGAGAGGCCGAAACCGCCGCGGAAAGGGGGCGGGGAGGAGUGGGGGCCCUUUGAUCAGGCGGUAAUGCUUCACGAUUGGUCGGGAUUUACGAGCACAAGAUUUCGGUACUCUGCGCAUGUUGGCCAUGCUUAUGUGUAUUAAAUUUCUUUCUAUGCGUGGAUUUGCGUGCUUAUGUUAGAAAUUGGGUUUUUAUGCGCCCAAGAUUUUCAAGCAGUAUCUGUUGUGGCGUUGGUUUGACUUCAGAGGUGGGGGGAUGAGGUGCGAGAUAGUUCAUCUGAUGUUGGGUUUCUUUCUUUUGCUGCUCGUAUCUGUUCCUGUUACAGUAGAGGCAUCAGAGGCAAAUGAUGGCUAUAAGCAGUGUGACCAUACAGUCAAGAAAUGGGCAUCCUUCUCGGCUGAUACCGAAGUUAGUGGCAACCAACAUGCCUUGCGUGACUUGCUACUUUUCCUUCAUGUACCUCGAACAGGGGGACGAACAUACUACCAUUGUUUCUUGAAAAAGCUGUACUCGAGCUCCUUGGAAUGUCCUCGGUCUUAUGAUAAACUCAGAUAUAACUCAAGAAAAUCGAGUUGCCGUUUAUUAACUACACAUGAUGACUACUCUGUGAUGUCCAAACUUCCCAGGGAGAAAACUUCACUGAUGACAAUACUUAGAGACCCUAUUGAACGUGUUUUUAGCACUUAUGAAUUUUCUUUGGAGGUGGCCUCUAGGUUUUUGAUUCAUCCCAAUUUAACAUCUGUAUUAACAAUGUCCCGAAGUGCACGUCGUAAGACAUCCGGAGUGAGUACGCUGGAUAUUUGGCCCUGGAAGUAUCUGGUCCCUUGGAUGAGAGAAGACCUUUUUUCACGGAGGGACAUUAGAAAACUUAGAGGGCAAAUUAAUUUAGUGGCUGGUGAUCCUUAUGACAUGGAAGACAUUGCGAUGCCUCUGCAUGAGUACAUUAAUGAGCCUGUUACUCGAGACAUUGUCCACAAUGGGGCCACUUUCCAGAUUGUAGGUCUCACAAACAACUCUUAUUAUGCUGGAGCACAUGAAGUGCGUCAUUGUGUGCUUAAGUAUCAUUCUCUUGGUGAUUAUGUGCUUCAAGUUGCAAAGAAGAAGUUGGAUAACAUGAUUUAUGUUGGACUGACUGAAAAUCAUAAAGAAUCAGCCAAUAUGUUUGCAAAUGUAGUUGCUACACAGGUGAUUUCCAAGCACAAAACAUCAAGCUCUAAUUCAGAUGGUGCUAGCGACAAUGACUCAGAACAGCACUCACAACUUCCUGAUAUGAAGACUGAUGCUAAUGAUAAAGAUCAAAACCAGAAGAACGUGUCAUCAACCGGCGAGGAUAAUGCAAUACAGGAAAAUUGGACUGUAGGGAAACUGAUGAAAGCAUACAAUUCUUGUGUUUCGAAACUAAGAAACUCUCAAGCAGAUAGGCGUGUGAAUUCCCUGAAGCAACUUUAUCCAGCAAACUUUACAAAAGAGGCUCGUAAGCGGGUUCCUGAGGCCCUUAUCAAGGAGAUAACAUUGCUUAACAGCCUUGAUGUAGAGCUCUAUAAGUAUGGCCAGUACAUCUUCAGAAAGCAACAGGAACAUAUGACGCAGAGCAUGGUUAAUGACGAAGAGCUAAGUGGCAUGCUCUCUACAAGCACAUACCGUGGAAUCUAUAACACCCCUUCCUGGAAAUUCGUGUCCUUAUCUGCUGCUGCUCUGAUGCUGCUGCUUAUCUUCAUUUUUAUCUUUGUAAGUUCAAGAAGAAGAACGUCAAAAGUUAAGCUGUAAAUACGAAAAUGUCCGAAACUUAAUAGAUAACCGAGCCUACGCCAUGAUUUUUCUGAGAAAGUGGUUUUACUUAGCCCAAUUUUGUUUCAACCAACAGAUGAUUUAUUAAGAAGACUGCUUUAUACACAAACUCAUAAUUGGAAGUGUCUUAUUGCAUA